UGCCAGCCACUUUGGCUUUUCCCGUAGAUCUAAGUUUACGAAUUGCGGUUUUAUUGCUCAUCAGUCUUGGCCUACGGUUUGGGGAAUUUAUGAGAUUUAUUGGAGAUUAAUUCUGGACCAUGUACAGACAAAUCUUGGUGUCUUCAGUUGGCAAGUAAAGUGAUGCCACCAUGCCUCAGCCAAAGAUAGAUGAAUAUUCAGAUGUCCAGGUUUAUUUCACAGCCGAUGAAUGGGCAGAGAUCAGCAGUUAUGAGAGACUUUGCAUUAAGAACAUCAAGGAAAACUACGAGAUGAUGAUGGAAGUUGGAGUAGAGGUGAGUCCACCAGUGUUUAUGCAACGUCAACCAGUGAAGGAAGCGACUUUAGAGAAAGGUGAAGAAGCGGAUGAGGAGGACAAGUCAAGAGGACCUUCUGAUGCUCAAAAUCAUCAGAGGAUUUUCCAGUCGGGUCAUAGAGAGAAGAAUGACUUACAUGAAGAGAAUUUAGAUGCAUCCAAUAUAGAUUCUAAAACGGAUAGUGAUGAUGGCAACCUGCAAGCUGAUGCUAAUGACAACGCAGACUUGAUAAUCAGUGAGGCUACCCAUAUACAAACCAAUCCAACAUCAUCAGGUGACCAAAGGUCAGGUGAUCUCAUCUCUCAGUCAUGUGAUCAGAAGGCAGAAGUUGGUGAUGCUGAUCACAAUGCAGAUGGAAAGAUCAGUGAGCUGGGAAGGAAGAACGGUGAUGAAGCUACUCAGAUACAAACCAAUCCAACCUCAUCAGGUGAUCAAAAGUCAGAUGAUCCCGUCACUCAGUCAUGUGAUCAGAAGGCAGAAGUAGCUUCAGGAGGCAGCUGGUCCCCAACACAGUGCACACAAUCUGCAUUUGAAGAGGAUUCAAGAAUCUAUAGAUGUGAGUUCUGUGGGUCACACUAUGCCGUUCCUCUCAUCUUUGCAAGGCAUCUCAAGUACAAACAUGGCGUCGAUGAUGUCGUCUUUCCAUCGUAUGCUGCACAGGAAGACUUUCUACACGUUGUCGAAGGAGAAAUACAAAAACGCAUGUACAACACGGAUGACCUUGCACUAGGAGAAAAAUUCAUUUCUAAAAUAGGAAAUAAGGAAAAUAUGCUCGACAGCAAAUCAUGUAAAGGUUCGUCUUCUGGAACAUUGCAUAAAGUAAUCCAGGAAGCCGAGAAACACUUCGUAUGUGAUCAAUGUGGUAAGGAAUUUAAUAAGAAAUCUAAUCUCACGUCACAUAAACGAAUCCAUACAGGUGAGAGGCCCUAUGCAUGUGAUCAAUGUGGUAAGGCGUUUAAUCAAAAGUCUCAACUCACAAAACACAAACGGAUCCAUACAGGUGUGAAGCCCCAUGUAUGUGACCAAUGUGGUAAAGCAUUUAGUCAGCGUUGUAAUCUCAUAACACAUACACGGAUCCAUACAGGUGAAAAGCCCUAUGUAUGUGAUCUAUGCGGGAAGGCAUUUAUAGAUGCAACAGCUCUUAGAAGACACAAAUAUAUCCACACAGGCGAGAGGCCCUUUAUGUGUGUUGAGUGUGGUAAGGCUUUUAAUGAUCGAUGUGAUCUGAGAAAACAUAAACGAGUCCAUGAGGGUGAAAAGCUGUCUGUGAGUGAUGAGGGUGGUAAGGUAUUUAAUAAUGAAAGUGAUCUCGCAACGCAUAAAGAAAUCCAUACAGGUGAAAAGCCGUCUGUGAAUGAUGAGUGUGGUAAGGCAUCUAGUAAUGAAACUGAUCUCAAAAAAGAUAAACAAAUAAAUACAGGUGAGAAGCCCUUUGUGACUGACGAGUGUGGUAAGGCAGUUAAUAAUGAAACUGAUCCCCAAAAAGAUAAACAAAUCGUGACAGGUGAUAAGCCCUUUGUGUGUGAUGUGUGUGGCAAAGCAUUCAGUGAUAGAAGUGACUGUAGGAGACACAAACGGAUACAUACAGGUGUGAAGCCCUAUGUAUGUGAUCAGUGUGGUAAAGCAUUCAAUCAGCGCUGUAAUCUCGUAACGCAUACACGGAUCCAUACAGGUGAAAAGCCUUAUGCGUGUGAUCAAUGUGAUAAUGCAUUUAUAGAUGCAACAGCUCUUAGAAGACACAAAUACAUCCAUACAGGUGAGAGGCCCUUUAUGUGUGUCGAGUGUGGGAAGACAUUUAACGAUAGAUGUGAUCUUAGGAAACAUAAACGAGUCCAUACAUGUAAAAAGCCUCCUGUGUCAGGUGACUGUGGUAAGGCAUUUAAUGAUGGCAGUGAUCCCACAUCACAUAAACGAGUCCAUACAGGUGAAAAGCCCUUAAUGAGUGAUGAGAGGAAUAAGGCAUGUAAUGAUAGAACUGAUCUCACAUCGCAUAAACAAAUCCAUACAGGUGAGAAGCCCGUGAUUAGUGAAGAGAGGGUUAAGGCAUUAAAUGAUGGAAGUGAUCUGAAAACCGAUAAAGGCGGCGAGGACCCCAUUCUGAUUGAAAGGUGUGGUAAGGCAGUCAAUGGUGAAAGUGAUGUCACAAUGCUUAAACAAACAGAUACAGGUGAGAAGCUCUUUGUCAAUGAUGAGGGCACCAAGGCAUGCAGAGAUGGAACCAACAUUAAGAGACAAAAACGAGUCCAUACUGGCGAGAAGUCCUUUUUAUGUGAGCAGUGUGGCAAGGCAUUUCGUUACAAACACGUUCUCAAAAUCCAUAAACGAAUCCAUACGGGUGAGAAGCCCUAUGUAUGUGACGUAUGCGGGAAGGCAUGUAUUUAUGAACACGAUCUCACAACGCAUAAGAGAAUCCACACAGGAGAGAAACCCUAUGUGUGUGAUCAGUGUGGUAAGGCAUUUAACCAGAGUUGUAAUCUCAAAAACCACACAAGAAUCCACACGGGUGAGAAUCCCUAUGUAUGUGAUCAGUGUGGUAAGGGAUUAAGUAGUAAAACUGCAUUGACCAGGCACCAACUUACCCAUACAGGUGAGAAGCCCUAUGCUUGUGAUCAGUGUGAUAAAGUGUAUACCCAAGAACAAUAUCUUACAGUCCAUAAGCGAACCCAUACGGGUGAGAAGCCCUUCGUAUGUGAACAAUGUGGUAAGUCAUUCAAUGACGGGACUGCCUAUAAAAGACACAAGCAGAUGCAGAACGCGGAAAGGCCCUUUAAAUGCGAUCAGUGUUGUCGAGCUUUUAGAACUGAACAGAGUCUAACGGAACAUAAGCGACUUCAUCGAGGUGAGAAGCCCUAUGUGUGCGAUGAUUGUGGUAUGGAAUUCGGAAAUAAAACCUCGUUUAGGAGACACCAAACGAUCCAUACAGGUUUAAAGCCCUUCGUGUGUGAUCAGUGUGGUAAAGCAUUUCGACUUGAACUGUAUCUGGUGUCUCAUAAGCAAACGCAUACAGGUGAAAAACCUUAUGUGUGUGACCUAUGUGGUAAAGCAUUUAAACGUGAACAUUAUCUCAUAUCUCAUAAACGAACUCAUACGGAUGAAAGGCCUUAUGUGUGUGAUAUCUGUGGUAUGGCGUUUCGUACUUCAUCUCCUCUCGCCGCACAUAAACGUAUCCACACAGGUGAGAAGCCCCAUGUAUGUGACCAGUGUGGUGUGGCAUUUCGUUGUAAAUCUACUCUCACGGCACACAAGCGAAUCCAUACGGGUGAAAAGCCCUAUGUCUGUGAUCUCUGUGGUAAGGCGUAUCGACAGUUAUCUAAUUUCACGGCACAUAAACGAGUCCAUACAGGUGAGAAGCCGUACGUGUGUGAUCUGUGUGGUAAAGCAUAUAGAGAAAGAAAUGCUUUUAGAUGUCACCAAAAAACCCAUUUACGUGAUAAAGCCUAUGCUGAAAUAGACACUGCUGUUUGGUUGUAAAAACUAAAUCAUGUUAAAAAAAUAGACAUGGUAAAUGUUGAAAAUCAAAUCGUAAAAUAUGGAAACAAAUAAGAGAGGUAUUGCAUUCCUACUUUUUUUUUUGCAUAUUUUCAUGGAACAGCCAGUGCGGUAUGCAAAUGAGGGAAUUGUUUACAAUCCCGGGGGGGGGGGGGGAGUCAAAUAUAUUGCUGUACACAUGCGUGAUUAAAAAACGUGUUUAAAGGGGUGGGUUUUGUUUCAGUUUUGGACACAGGCCGCGGUGCACUGAUUUUCAAGAAAAAGGGUGGUUUUGAAUUACUGGUUUAAAGGAAAUCGUAGGGUCAAAUGUAUUUAGGGUAUGUAUUUUUUUCCAAAGAUUUUUUUUUUUAAGACUAGCCAGAUGUGUUCGGGGUAUUUUUUCCCCCCAAACUUUUUCCCAGGUCAUAUUCUGGCAACAACUUGUUUAGGAGGUUAUUUUG